UUUUGUUUGCUUACAGACUACGCUUACAAAAAGACUCCGAGCAGCGAAAGAGAUAAAUUCCCAUCUGUCUUACAAAGUGUCAGACACCCAAACACAAAACAAAAGCAGAUGAAAUUGAAAUCGAAAUCUUCUUCUUCUUCCGUCUUGUGUCUGUUUAUGCAACUCAUCCUCUUCGUCCUCUUACCUUUCCUCGCAUUCUCAUCCUUCGCAGAAGAAUCCAAUCCCUCCCAUUUCCAAAACAUGACCACUCCCGGCGGAGUCCACGAAUCCCAUGCCUCCGAGAACAGCCUCGAAACCGAAGACCUCGCUCGCUUCGCCGUCCAAGAUCACAACAACAAGGAGAAUGCUCUGCUUGAAUUUGUGAGGGUGGUGAAGGCAAAGGAGCAAGUGGUUGCUGGCACUCUGCACCAUCUGACGAUCGAGGCAAUCGACGCUGGUAAGAAGAAGCUUUACGAAGCCAAAGUCUGGGUGAAGCCUUGGAUGGGGUUUAAGGAAGUGCAGGAGUUCAAGCACGCCGGUGAGUGCGAGGAAACGCCGUCGUUUACCCCUUAAUGAAAUUGAAUAAUUUUUAUUAAAUUUAGUUUAGGAACUGGAAUUAUGAUUGGCUAAAUGAACAUUUAUGAUACAGUCCUAUCUUUAUGAUUAAUAUAAUUCUAUACUUCUCUUGUAA